AUGGGUGUGCAAGGGGACCUCAACGCCCUCAAGAAACAGAGGGGAACUGCUAAAGGAAAGUUCACCAGGAAGAUAUUCAUGACAAAUAAUGAGAAGAAGGCAACAGACAAACCAAAGGUUAAGGUAAAGAGAUUUGAACCUCCCAAGUUUGAAGGUAAUUUAAGAGAGUAUCCUACAUUUAAAGAGGAUUAUAAGAACUUGGUUCAAAGUGAAUAUGGUGCUGAUCCAUACGCACUCAAAAUGUGUUUAGGUGGGGAGGCACUCCAGACAAUAAAGGGCUCGGAGGGUAAUUAUGAUGAAAUGUUUAAGCGGUUGGAUGACAAAUUUGGUAACCCAAGAAAAAUUGUAGACUUGGUGAUAAGUGAUCUCAAAUCUCUGAGGAAGAUAUCAGAUGGUUUCUUGCAGAAAGAAAGGAAGGUUUUGGAAUACAUGAAUUCAAAUGUAAGAACUAGUACUAGUGAUAGUAGAGCAACAGUACAUCAUGUUGAAAAUGUGGUCGAAAACAAUUCGGAAUCAGAGUUGGUUAAGCUGAUAAGAAAAUUGAAUGAAGAACAACAGAGCAAGAAUAGAGAAUUUGAGUCAUGCAUUGUAAAUUUGAAUGAAGUGAUAAAGGGUAUUAAAUGCAAGGAGAACAAUAUAAGUAUACGUUGUUUAUUACACAAUUCAGAGAGUCAUGAGAUAACAAAUUGUUUCAAGUUCAAGGGCUGUAAUAGCAAAGAAAGAUUUGACAUGAUUAAGAAGAACGGUAUAUGUUUUAGGUGUUUAAAUGGAUAUCAUUCAGCACGUGGGUGUAAAGUAGGCAAAUUGUGUGAUGUAGUCAUUGAAGGCCAAGGACCAUGUAAUCGGAAUCAUCAUCCACUUUUGCAUCAAGACAGAAUAGAAAGCAGUUCUCACAAUGCAGUAAUGGAGAAGAGAGGCAAAGCUUUGUUGAAUAUUAGUACGGUGCAUAGUAAAAAUCUGCCCGUCACUGUAUUGUGGGAUCCAGGUUCAGAUACUUCUUUAAUUACUCAUAGGAUGGCCAAGAAGUUAGGUUUGAGUGGGAAGGAUGUUAAUUUAUCUCUGGUCAAGGUAGGUAACACAAUUGAUGUUAAUAGGUAUAGUGACUACUACAAAUUGCUGAGAGUUACAUGUAGGGUAAUGAAUGUAUUCAAAUACAAGUCUUUCAAAGGUAUUCUAAGAACCCCCACAGUUCAAGGGAUUACAGAUGCAGAAAUAUUAUGGGUCAAGGAAAUGCAAAAGAUGACAAGAGCAGUUUAUUUGGAUUUAGCUAUGGGAUAUAGUACUGAUGAUUUCUUAACCACUUUUCAAAGAUUCAUUGCUAUUAGGGGGGCCCCUAAAUUUAUGUAUUCUGAUAGGGGAACUCAGCUAAUAUCAGCUAGUAAGAAAGUAGAGACCCUUGGGGAGAAAGAGGGUGUGACCUGGAUUUUCAAUAUGCCAACUGUCAUUGUCCAAUUGGCUUGUAUGAAAUUGAUGGAGAUCAUAAAAAGAGAUUGA